AAAUUAUGCCUUUGUAUAUUUGCAGAACUUCAUGAAGUUGCAGAGCUUGUUUCAGAUGAGGUUUACGGCGAUUCAUUCGAUGAUGCUACGCCAAAAACGGAAAAUUCACUACCGAAUCCGACGAACCCCUAUGCAGCUAGUAAGGCGGCGUGUGAGAUGAUUAUACGCUCAUACUGGCAUUCCUACAAGCUACCAUAUGUAAUGGUCCGCAUGAAUAACGUGUAUGGACCCCGACAAGCGUGUACAAAAUUGAUUCCGAAAUUCACAAAGCUGGCAUUGGAGGGAAAGCCGUAUCCGCUGAUGGGGGACGGCUUACACACAAGGAGCUGGAUGUACGUGGAAGACUGUUCGGAGGCAAUCAGAAGGGUGGCCGAAGAUGGCCAACUUGGAGAGGUCUACAAUAUCGGAACGGAUUUCGAGAUAACCAAUAUCGAGCUGACAAGAAAGAUACACGAUAUUGUCAACAAGCUACAAAAGCGAAAAGCGUCGCCCCCUUCCUUCAUGCCCAUACCGGAUCGGCCGUACCACGAUCGUCGAUACUACAUCGACUUCUCAAAAAUCAAAAAGGCAAUGGGCUGGCAGUGCACGACACCGUUCGAAGAUGGCUUGAUGAAAACAAUCGACUAUUACGUGAAACAUCAAAAGCACGAAAAAGUCACAUCGCGUCUUCACGGU